CAGUGCUAGGAGUGACCCAGGAGCUGCAGUGUCCACUCUGCUAUGUGACAGUCAGUAUGGGACCUAGAGGUGCAGGGGUUGUAGCUGUGAUCGUUCUCUGCAGUUUUGUGACAAGGAAUUGCCUGGCCUCAGAGUCUCAACCUGCUGAAGGAAACACAACGCCAUCGUCUCCGGAGACCAAAUGUCCAACUUCUUGUCUCUGCAGCUACGACUACAAUGAAGAUUACAGCGUCUUCUGCAGCUCGCGGAACCUUUCCCGUAUUCCGGAUCUUCUGCCCACGAAUGUUCGAGUCUUAUGGCUGGAUGGCAACAACUUCACAACCGUGCCCACCGAAGCUUUCAAAAACUUAUCCCAUCUGGACUUCCUUAACCUGCAGAGCAGUCACCUGCAUAGUCUGGAGCCACACGCUCUCCAUGGCCUCAGAGCUUUAGCCCAUCUGCACUUAGAAAGAAACAUGUUGAAGUUCUUAGCACCCAAUACCUUCCUUCACACCCAGAACUUGGUCUCCCUGAGCCUCAACAACAAUUUCUUCACAAAAAUUGAAGAUGGCUUAUUUGCAGGUCUUUCAAACCUUUGGUAUCUAAACUUGGGCUGGAACUCACUGGGGGCCCUGCCUGACACUGUCUUUCAUGACCUACCUAACCUUAGAGAGCUAAUUUUGGCCGGAAACCAUUUGACCUAUGUCCAUUCUCCGCUAUUUGUCAGCUUGGUGGAACUAAAGGAGCUGGAUUUAAGUGGGAAUAUGUUACGGGGAUUGAAAGCUCACAUUUUCAUCAAAUUACACAAGCUUCAGAAGUUGUAUUUGAACCAUAACAUCAUCUCUACCAUAGCUUCUAGAGCAUUCUUUGGAAUGAAGUCCCUCCGAUGGUUGGAUCUGUCACAAAAUCGUCUGCCUGCCCUAUCUGAAGACACCUUUGCCGGUCUACUAAGUCUCCAUGUUCUUAGAUUGUCCAACAAUUCUCUCACCAGCCUAAGGCCGAGGGUCUUUAAGGAUCUACAGUUUUUAGAGGAGCUCAAUCUGAGUUACAACAAAAUUAGGACUCUCGUUGAACGGGUGUUUGAAGGUCUUGGACAACUUGAGUUUUUGUCUUUAAAUAACAACAACAUUCAGGAGAUCCGUCCAGGAGCAUUCACAGGACUUUUCAACGUUGCAGUAAUGAACCUCUCGUGGAACUGCCUCAAGACGCUUUAUGAACAUUCCUUCCGAGGACUUGGAAAGCUUCAUAGCUUGCAUGUGGAGAACAGUUGUAUCAGUAGGAUAAAGCCUCACAUGUUCUCUGGCCUCUCAAAUCUUAGGAGGCUCUUUCUCCAGCGAAAUGACAUUUCAGUCAUUGAUGACAAUAGUUUCUCUGACCUUCAAGAUCUACUGGAGCUCAACCUCAGGUUCAAUAAGUUGACUCAGCUCUCAGCUAAAUCCUUCACGGGACUUAAAGAUCUCUCCUACCUUCUUCUGGCCAACAACCAACUGCAGACUCUUUCAUCAGAGACCUUCAGUCCAUUUCAGAGGCUACAAUGGCUCGACCUUUCAGACAAUCAGUUAAAUGUUGUUGAUACGGACAUAUUUCACACAUUUUCACGUCUUCGAUAUCUCAGCCUACAAAGGAACCCAUUGAAAACCAUCUCAGUUAGUUCCUUGCUCACCACUUCUCCAAUCCAACAGCUGUGGUUACAUGGGAACCAUUGGGAUUGUGACUGUUCCCUAAAAGACCUAAGAGAUUUCUGCCUAAGAAAUGCCACCAUUGUCCCCAGGGUGGUACAGUCUAUGUCCGAAGGUUAUGAUACCAGUCCUCCUAGCUACAUCUACAACAAUAUCACCUGUGCAAACCCUCCGCAGGUUAUAGGACAGGACUUACGGGACUUGCACGAUGAACACUUUUCUCAAUGUCCUUGAUAAAGUUGGGAGGGCGAAAAACUUGGGGUGAUUUACCCCAUUACACAAUGUUACAGCGAUCAUACUCCUGUAGGACACCAGACUUGAUAAGUUUUGAACAUGUAAAAUAUAGUCAACCGCAUACAUUUUUUCCACUAUGGGUGAAGCUUUGUUGUCACAUGCCUGUGUCUAGGUGUAAGAACAUAUAUGCCACUGCUAUAACAGCCACACAUUGCUAGAAGUAGAAACCAUACGGAAGCAGUGUCAUAUUGCAUUGCAUGGCCAUGAUCGCAAAAAUUCUUUCCUGAAUCGAUUUCUUGUGAGGUUGGGGCCACUUGUGGGGGAAAGGCAGCACAAUCCUUACAUUGUUACACAGUGAUCUUUAGCCCAAGCCCUAGAUGGAUCUUACCAGUGGACUGAUAAGCCAAUAUACAUUGCAUGCACGUGUAUUUUAUAAUGGGCAGAUCCAUAUACACAUUAAACAAAGAACAUUUUGAUUGUC